UGCCAGAUCAGUUUGUCACCACCCAGGCUCCCUUGCCUUUGGCUGGGUGCAACUUCCAUUUUAGGUGUUGGAUCUGAGGGGGGAAAAAAAAGAGAGAGGGAGAGAGAGAGAAAGAAGAGCAGGAAAGAUCCUGAAAGGAGGAAGAGGUGGCGAAAAAUCAACUGCCGUGCUGGAUUUGUCUUUCUCAGCACCUUGGCGAAGCCUUGGGUUUCUUUCUUAAAGGACUGGUUUUUAGAACUCCACAUUUGAGGUACCUUGUUGGGUUGAAAAGGGACAGAAAGAAACAGCUCUCUCCUUCCUGCUUCCUCCUUGCUGUGGUGGCUGGGAUGCUUCUUCCAUGAUUUUUUGAAUCUAGACUGGGCUGUUAUCUGUGUUAAACCAAUCAGUUGCGACCUUCUCUUAACAGUGUGAAGUGAGGGGGUCUCUCUCCCUCCUUCUCCUUCCUCUGUGAUUCACCUUCCUUUUUACCCUGCCCUGCGGCGGCUCCGCCCCUUACCUUCAUGGACGACUCAGAGGUGGAGUCGACCGCCAGCAUCUUGGCCUCUGUGAAGGAACAAGAGGCCCAGUUUGAGAAGCUGACCCGGGCGCUGGAGGAGGAACGGCGCCACGUCUCGGCGCAGCUGGAACGCGUCCGGGUCUCACCACAAGAUGCCAACCCACUCAUGGCCAACGGCACACUCACCCGCCGGCAUCAGAACGGCCGGUUUGUGGGCGAUGCUGACCUUGAGAGACAGAAAUUUUCAGAUUUGAAACUCAACGGACCCCAGGAUCACAGUCACCUUCUAUAUAGCACCAUCCCCAGGAUGCAGGAGCCGGGGCAGAUCGUGGAGACCUACACAGAGGAGGAUCCUGAGGGAGCCAUGUCUGUAGUCUCUGUGGAGACCUCAGAUGAUGGGACCACUCGGCGCACAGAGACCACGGUCAAGAAAGUAGUGAAGACUGUGACAACACGGACAGUACAGCCAGUCGCUAUGGGACCAGAUGGGUUGCCUGUGGAUGCUUCGUCAGUUUCUAACAACUAUAUCCAGACUUUGGGUCGUGACUUCCGCAAGAAUGGCAAUGGGGGACCUGGUCCCUAUGUGGGGCAAGCUGGCACUGCUACCCUUCCUAGGAACUUCCACUACCCUCCUGAUGGUUAUAGCCGCCACUAUGAAGAUGGUUAUCCAGGUGGCAGUGAUAACUAUGGCAGUCUGUCCCGGGUGACCCGCAUUGAGGAGCGGUAUAGGCCCAGCAUGGAAGGCUACCGGGCACCUAGUAGACAGGAUGUGUAUGGGCCCCAACCCCAGGUUCGGGUAGGUGGGAGCAGCGUGGAUCUGCAUCGCUUUCAUCCAGAGCCUUAUGGGCUAGAGGAUGACCAGCGUAGUAUGGGCUAUGAUGACCUGGAUUAUGGUAUGAUGUCUGAUUAUGGCACUGCCCGUCGGACUGGGACACCCUCUGACCCUCGUCGGCGCCUCAGGAGCUAUGAAGACAUGAUUGGUGAGGAGGUGCCAUCGGAUCAAUACUACUGGGCUCCUUUGGCCCAGCAUGAGCGAGGAAGUUUAGCAAGCUUGGAUAGCCUGCGCAAAGGAGGGCCCCCACCUCCUAAUUGGAGACAGCCAGAGCUGCCAGAGGUGAUCGCCAUGCUUGGAUUCCGCUUGGAUGCUGUCAAGUCCAAUGCAGCUGCAUACCUGCAACACUUAUGCUACCGCAAUGACAAGGUGAAGACUGACGUGCGGAAGCUCAAGGGCAUCCCAGUAUUGGUGGGAUUGUUAGACCAUCCCAAAAAGGAAGUGCACCUUGGAGCCUGUGGAGCUCUCAAGAAUAUCUCUUUUGGACGUGACCAGGAUAACAAGAUUGCCAUAAAAAACUGUGAUGGUGUGCCUGCCCUUGUGCGAUUGCUUCGAAAGGCUCGUGAUAUGGACCUUACUGAAGUUAUUACUGGAACCCUGUGGAAUCUUUCAUCCCAUGACUCAAUCAAAAUGGAGAUUGUGGACCAUGCACUGCAUGCCUUGACAGAUGAAGUGAUCAUUCCUCAUUCUGGUUGGGAGCGAGAACCUAAUGAAGACUGUAAGCCACGCCAUAUUGAGUGGGAAUCGGUGCUCACCAACACUGCUGGCUGCCUUAGGAAUGUAAGCUCAGAGAGGAGUGAAGCUCGCCGGAAACUUCGGGAAUGUGAUGGUUUAGUUGAUGCCCUCAUUUUCAUUGUUCAGGCUGAGAUUGGGCAGAAGGAUUCAGACAGCAAGCUUGUAGAGAACUGUGUUUGCCUCCUUCGGAACUUAUCAUAUCAAGUUCACCGGGAGAUCCCACAGGCAGAGCGUUACCAAGAGGCAGCUCCCAAUGUUGCCAACAAUACUGGGCCACAUGCUGCCAGUUGCUUUGGGGCCAAGAAGGGCAAAGAUGAGUGGUUCACCAGAGGGAAAAAACCCAUAGAGGAUCCAGCAAACGAUACAGUGGAUUUCCCUAAAAGAACGAGUCCAGCUCGAGGCUAUGAGCUCUUAUUUCAGCCAGAGGUGGUUCGGAUAUACAUCUCACUUCUUAAGGAGAGCAAGACUCCUGCCAUCCUAGAAGCCUCAGCUGGAGCUAUCCAGAACUUGUGUGCUGGGCGCUGGACGUAUGGUCGAUACAUCCGCUCUGCUCUGCGUCAAGAGAAGGCUCUUUCUGCCAUAGCUGACCUCCUGACUAAUGAACAUGAACGGGUGGUGAAAGCUGCAUCUGGAGCACUGAGAAACCUGGCUGUGGAUGCUCGCAACAAAGAAUUAAUUGGUAAACAUGCUAUUCCUAACUUGGUAAAGAAUCUGCCAGGAGGACAGCAGAACUCCUCUUGGAAUUUCUCUGAGGACACUGUUGUCUCUAUUUUGAACACUAUCAAUGAGGUUAUUGCCGAGAACUUGGAGGCUGCCAAAAAGCUUCGAGAGACACAGGGCAUUGAGAAGCUGGUGUUGAUCAACAAAUCAGGGAACCGCUCAGAAAAAGAAGUUCGAGCAGCAGCACUUGUAUUACAGACAAUCUGGGGAUAUAAGGAACUGCGGAAGCCACUGGAAAAAGAAGGAUGGAAGAAAUCAGACUUUCAGGUGAAUCUAAACAAUGCUUCCCGAAGCCAGAGCAGUCAUUCAUACGAUGACAGUACUCUCCCUCUCAUUGACCGGAACCAAAAAUCAGAUAAGAAACCUGAUCGGGAAGAAAUUCAGAUGAGCAAUAUGGGAUCAAACACAAAAUCGCUAGAUAACAACUAUUCCACACCAAAUGAGAGAGGAGACCACAAUAGAACACUGGAUCGAUCAGGGGAUCUAGGCGACAUGGAGCCAUUGAAGGGAACAACACCCUUGAUGCAGGACGAGGGGCAGGAAUCUCUGGAGGAAGAGUUGGAUGUGUUGGUUUUGGAUGAUGAGGGGGGCCAAGUGUCUUACCCCUCCAUGGUAUGUCCUUCAGUCACCCCCAAGAUUGUCCUUGAGGAAGGAGGCUCCUGAGUGCCAGCAACUUGUCAAUCACGCUGAUCUGAUCAGGCCAGAGACUAACUAGUCUCAGCCACAUGGGGCUUGAGGGGUUCUGCUUUUAUGAUUAUUACCUCUUACGAGUCUGGGACAUGCAGCUGGUGAUCUGAUUCUCCAUUAUGUGCUGCUCUCCUUUCUCCAGAUUUGCUCAACUUUUUUUUUGGGGGUGGGGGGUCUCCUUAAUCCCAACCCAUUAACAUUCUCUCUUUCUCUUUUUUCUCCACAGCAGAAGAUUUAGCACCACUGUCUCCGUUCCAUCUGGGCUUAUAUGUACUUUUAUCUUUUGGUGGUGAAAUUGACUGAUGAUUUUCCUUUUUCUUCGCUGGACUAUUGUGCCAACUGCCAGGCUGCCUCCUGCCCUUACAGCCCUAAGUGGCUGCCUUCUUUCCAUCAACUCCCAACUUCUUCCGGUGAAGUUUAAUUGUCCCAACGCCUCCCCCUCCCCCAUUUCCUCCAUUUUUCUCCCAAGAAGCCUGAGUCAAUUAUUUGCAUAUUUUGAGAAACUGCUACAGAUUAGUUCUUUUUGCCAGUUUUCCCUGGAACUCCUGGCCUUUUGUGGAGGGAGGGAUGGAGAGAAUAGGAAUCUUCACUGGAAGCCGUGGGAAGAAUUGGAAGUUACAUGCUGUAUAUGCAAUGUCCAGCAGUCUGAUAAACUAAUGAUUCUUAAUCAAGAUUUUUUUCCUGGUGGGGAAGGGACUUUUAUUUUCUUUUAGAGAGGGGAAAGUGUGAGCUCUUCCCUUAUUCCUAAUGGCUAUUUUUGAAGCAAAGAAGGCUGGCAACAUUGGCACAUGCCACCUGGCAAAGGACCCUUGAGUAAGUGAAGGUCUCCUAGAAGUGGGAUUAAGAAACCUUGCCCUCCUCAUCUCCAAGGCAGGGACCAUCAAGAACCUACAGACUCCAUCUCUUCUGCAAGCCUCAUGCCAACCCUGGGCUAUUGCUGCUGCCCCUUAAACACAGGCUGUCCUUAACCCACCUCUCCUGCCCCGUGAUAUGUCUGCUGAGUUGGCCUGGCCAUUUCCAAGAGGCUGUAGAAAGGGGAGGAUGUCAAGGAAGACUUUUGGUUGAGAAGGAGCAGAAACAUGUGUUUUUGGGAAGAAGAAGACCUCUAGGAGGAGCUAGUAGGAAUGUACAUGAAGCAAUUAGUCUGAAACUGGCUUCCCCACUCCCCCGUUUCUCCUUUUCUUAUCCUUAUAGGCCUGUCCCUUGCCUCUGCCCUGGAUUUGUUGGCAAACUAAAGGACUUGAUGUACAUAACUCCUGUCCCUUUUACCCUUACAAGGUGGGGAUUGCCCCUGGCUUUGCCUCUUCUUUGUGCCUUUGGCCUGGGGUGCAUCUCCUCCCGCCCUUCCAUGUGCCUUUCUUUGCCUCUGCAGUCUCAUUUCUCAUAAUUUUGCAAAUUAUAUUUUGUUGCUUUCUUACCUACUAUUAGCCCUAAAUAGCAGAAAGAAGUGACCUAGAGAACCUCAGAUUCUUCAUUGAGGAUUGGUAUAGCCAUGAUUUCAGUCAUAGCAAGCUUUUGCUCAGCAGCAUAUGGGUGGGAUUUUGCAAAAAUCCUAUUCUGAUGAAUCUCAAAGUAAGGUUAGUAAGAGAAGUGAGUGGUGUGACUCUUACUCCUUAGGUGCCCAGAAUUUACCAUCAUCUCUGAAGGAAUUACAGGGAAGUGGUCUCCCCAAUUCUCUCCUCCCUCCAGUAUUGCCUCCUCUCACUUUAGCAUAUGUUAAUUAGCAGGUUGGGCUAGAGAAAUCAGCUGCUAUGCGGGUUGAUUAUUAUUAUUUUUAAUCCUUUUCCUUAUUUGCCUUCUACUCCCCUUAAUCUAAUCUAAAAGCUCUGUUCCAUGCAACUGGAGUUCUUUAUCCCUCUCUUCCCCUUCCCUUAUAUAUUGAGGCUAUGGGGUAGGAGAAAAGUGCACAACCCACCACCCCCUUUACUCGUGCAUUAAAAUUUCUUAUUUACCCUUUUCCCCCUUCCCAUUUCUUCCCACUUUCAUCUACCUUUCCUGGCAAAAAGGAGCCUUUUGUUCUCUCUGACCCUAAGAGCACACUGCACAGGGGAAAUUGCCCCAUCCAGACCUGGCUCCACUCUUGAUUUCUCUUGUCUUCUUCUGCUCUUUUCCUGGUGCUCUUUUUUCUCGGUGGGGUGUGGGUAAUAGAACAGCCAUGGGCUUUUGGGGACCUUUAACUUUUUUUUUUCCUCUUUUGUUUAUAAAAAACACUAAACAUUCAUUUCCAGAGAACCAAAAAUCCCACCUUCCCACCGAACACUACUAAGGGGCUUGUGUUCUGCUCCAUACCUUUUCUCCUUUCUUUCUGUCUUGUUAAUGCUUUUAAAAACAAAUGAGUUUUUUAUAUAAAUAAAGUUUUUAAAGUGUGUA